AUGUCUUCCAAUCCUAGUUAUGCAAUUGAAGUCGAUUUUGGGUUUUUUCCUUCAUCAAAGAUCCUACGUUUUCGGAUAUUUCAAACAUUCGGCAUACCCAUAUUUACGGUUUAUAAAAUAUUUAAAAGCGUGUGGUUCAUCAUCCUAAUAAUAUGGAUCAUAGUGUUCUCAUUUGCUCACAUAUUUCACAUUUUAUUGAGAGAUUCGGAAAAUACAAAUUACAAAGAUUUCGGUUCCUCUCUGUAUUCCGUAUACUUCAUUCUGAUUGGCCAAUAUGAUUCGGUUACGAACGAAAAAACCCAAAAUCGACUUAUCAUCUCGCUAUUGAUCAUCUUUUCAUUUUCCACCACCAUCGUCCUGUUGAAUGUUCUAAUAGCUGCCAUGACCGAUGUUGUGAACGAAACCAAGACUACUGGUAGGCACGUAUGGUUAAAGCAGAGGGCAGAGAUAAUAGCAGAAAUUGAAAUGUUUACCAUGAGUCAAUCUCAACGAGAGAGAAAGGAUUACUUUCCCUCCUUAAUCUAUUAUCAUGCAAAUCCCGAUAGCGUUAAAGUUGAUGAGAAAAAGACAACCGAAAAAUGA